AUGGGUCUCUCUUUUCUGAUAUCGCACACCCCCACAACGAUCGCCCUCAUUGCUGUGGCUACGACGGCAUGCUCCUAUACCGUGUCACGGUUCCUCCAUGCUCGGCGGGCAUGUCGCGAUCUGCCCCAACCCCCGCAUAGCUUCUGGUUUGGCCACUUAAUUGUAGCUGGCAAGAUCUUUCGGAACUACCCUCCAGAUGCCUAUAUUCACCAUCUAUUAAUCACCAUCUCGCGUGAAUAUGACUUGCCGGACCUCUACUACCUUGAUCUCUGGCCAAUGGCGAACCCCAUGAUAGCUGUAUGUUCUCCAGAGCUGGCUGCCCAAAUAACCACGGAGCAGGCAUAUCCCAAGGACCCUGCCGUGGGCCAUUUCCUCACUCCCUUUUUGGGGAAGAGUUCGAUAUUAUCUGUGAGCGGGCCGAAAUGGAAAGCGCUGCAUUCUACUUUCGUUCCUGCGUUUGCACCAGCCUAUCUACGUUCCAUGGCGGGCGGCAUACUUGAUGAAGUCCUAAUCUACCAUGAUAAUCUGUGCCAACUUGCAAAAUCUGAGCAGCCCUUCUCAAUGGCGUCCGUGGCUAUCGAGCUGACAUUCAAUGUGAUCGGACGCGCUGUGUUCAACAGCCCGUUUCACAAUGAGGAAGGGAGAAGACUUAUGAGGAAUUUCAAGAGUGGUUUAGACUAUGCAUUCAACGGGGCGCUUAGUACUCGCAACUGGUUAUUACAUAUGGUGCCGAAAUGGGUACUGGUGUGGAAGGUCAAUCGUUACAUUGAGAAGAAGGUGAUCAGCCGUUUUGCCGAGUUGAAGAGAGAGGAAAUGUCGUCCGUCAAGAAAUCAAGAACCAUUCUGGAUUUAGCACUUCGACAGAGACUGGAUAGUCCAAAGGGCAUCUCCGGUGAUAGCGAGUUCAUGGAGGUGGCUGUUUCGAACAUCAAAACUUUUUUGGCUGCUGGGCAUGAGACUACAGCUCAUACCCUUGGGUAUGUGUUUAUGCUACUUUCAAAACGCCCAGAGGUAGUGAAGAAAGCUCGUGAGGAGCAUGACACCGUGUUUAGCCCAGAUUUCAACCGCACUGUUGAAAUGGUUAGGGCAAAUCCCGAGAAACUUUUCGAUCUUCAAUACACGAGUGCCAUCAUCAAAGAAACAUUGAGAUUAUUCCCUGUUGCCAGCGUCGCCCGGGCUAAGGGUGAAGGCAUGACCUUCAUGUAUAAGGGCAAGCCGCUCAAUUUGACGGACCAGUUACUAAUGAUCUGCAACCUUGUAAUGCACUACAAUGAGGAAAUAUUCCCCUCGCCCUGCGAAUUCCAACCGGAACGUUUCAUCACCCAGUCGAUCCCCAAAGACGCUUGGCGGCCCUUCGAGCGCGGUGCGCGAAACUGCAUCGGCCAGGACCUGGCCAUGAUGGAAAUGCGGAUGGUGCUUUUGAUCGCCUUGCGUAGCUUCGAGUUCGAAGCGUUGGGGAUCAACCCGCACGAUAAUCCAGCAGCUUCGUAUACGACGCUGGACCAGGAAUUUGGCGAUCUUGUUUAUCAGAUGCAGUCGCUUACUGCGAGACCAAUCGGUGGGCAGAAUAUGAAAGUGAGGUUUGCGAAGGGGCAUGAGGCCCUAAAACAGAAUAAUCAACUCGACUUCACCGAUCCGGACGCCGUCCAGGAACUGACGAAGAGCCUGCUGAAAAGAGACUUUGAUUUGCAUCUCGAUUUACCCAGUGAUCGGCUCUGUCCACCUGUUCCUAAUCGCUUCAACUACAUUUUAUGGCUGCAAGAUCUUCUCGAUUCCACCUCCGAGAAGUACUCUGAUGGAUAUGACCAGGAGCGAGACGUUUUUGGGCUUGACAUCGGGACCGGAGCUAGUUGCAUAUACCCUCAGCUUGGAUGUGUUCUGAGACCGAAAUGGAAAUUCGCGGCGACAGAUAUCGAUGAGAAAAACUUGAAAUAUGCGCGAGACAAUGUGCAGAGGAACAAAUUGGAUUCUCGCAUCCAGAUCGUCGAAAGCUCUCCCUCCACUGCGCUGAUUCCUUUGGGGGAGAUCGGGCUUCCUGAAUCGAACGCUAGACUGGACUUCACCAUGUGUAAUCCACCAUUUUACGAAUCCCGCGAUGAAUUGAUAUCAGCUGCCAAGGCGAAGCAGAGGCCUCCUUUCUCUGCCUGCACCGGUGCAGAAGUGGAAAUGAUCACAGCCGGUGGCGAAGUCGCGUUCGUCACUCGAAUGAUUAGGGAGAGCGUCAAGCUGCGCGAGCGUGUGCAGUGGUACACGUCCAUGGUAGGGAAAUUCAGCAGCGUCGCCACGCUGCUUAACAUUCUGCAUGAAGAGGGGAAUAAGAAUUGGGCCGUGGCGGAAUUCGUUCAGGGGAGUAAGACGAGACGAUGGGCGAUUGGCUGGUCGUGGAUGGAUUAUCGGCCUGGAGCUAACGCUGCAAGACCCCAGGGCCAAAGCAUCCCAAAACACCUCCUCCCCUUCCCACCUGAAUUCACAUUCCACUGCCCGCCAUCCACGCCCUUCUCCACCACCAUUGACGCUAUCAACUCUAGCAUCGUGGCACUGGACGUCUACUGGCACUGGAACAGCGGCACAUCUACUGGUCUCGGCUUCGCUAGAGGUAACGCCUGGUCAAGGCAUGCACGUCGUCAGAUGAAGAAGCAAGCUAUCGAAAAGGCGCAGACGACGAUGGCCGGUACUACUGCUCCUGCUGAAUAUGGUGAGAAGGACAGUAAAGAUAGAGGUGCCAAGUCGCCUGAUUUUAUCCCAGGAAAACAGGAUAAGGGGGCUGAGUUUGGGUUUAAGGUGUCCGUAAGGGGGUAUAUGGAAGGGCAGGUUGAUGUGACGGUACGGUGGGUGAAGGGGUUUGAUCCCGUGAUUUUUGAGAGCUUUUGUGGGUUUUUGAAGAGGAAGGUUGAGAGAGGUGCGUGA